AGCGAGGCCCAGUGAGUUAGGGGAAGGGGAGCUGUAGGGAGAGGGUCCCCGCCGGUGAGGGGGAAAGAGAAUUAGAAGAGGAAGCAGGGACGGGGUUUGGAUGGAGGGCUCUGCGAGGGGGAAGAUAGGGCUAAGGGAGAGAAGCUGACGGGCGGGGUGGGGGAGGACCCGGGGGUGACGAGCGUGGAGACUCGGAGGGGACUCACGCGGGCGAGGACGAGUGCGUCCCGGCAAGAGGCUGGGCUCGACGGCCGGGUGAUGUGGAGAGGGACGAUCGAGAAGAGGCCCGAGACGGACGGGAGGAGGAAGCCCGGAAAGCUCCCUGAAACAACAGUAACCUACCCCUGUGGGUCAUCAUCAUGCCCUCCGACCUGGCCAAGAAGAAGGCAGCCAAAAAGAAGGAGGCUGCCAAAGCUCGACAGCGGCCCAGAAAAGGACAUGAAGAAAAUGGAGAUGUUGUCACAGAACCACAGGUGGCAGAGAAGAAUGAGGCCAAUGGCAGAGAGACCACAGAAGUAGAUUUGCUGACCAAGGAGCUAGAGGACUUUGAGAUGAAGAAAGCUGCUGCUCGAGCUGUCACUGGCGUCCUGGCCUCUCACCCCAACAGUACUGAUGUUCACAUUAUCAACCUCUCACUCACCUUUCAUGGUCAAGAGCUGCUCAGUGACACCAAACUGGAAUUAAACUCAGGCCGUCGUUAUGGCCUCAUUGGUUUAAAUGGAAUUGGAAAGUCCAUGCUGCUCUCUGCUAUUGGGAAGCGUGAAGUGCCCAUCCCUGAGCACAUCGACAUCUACCAUCUGACUCGAGAGAUGCCCCCUAGUGACAAGACACCCUUGCAUUGUGUGAUGGAAGUCGACACAGAGCGGGCCAUGCUGGAGAAAGAGGCAGAGCGGCUGGCUCAUGAGGAUGCGGAGUGUGAGAAGCUCAUGGAGCUCUACGAGCGCCUGGAGGAGCUGGAUGCCGACAAGGCAGAGAUGAGGGCCUCGCGGAUCUUGCAUGGACUGGGUUUCACACCUGCCAUGCAGCGCAAGAAGCUAAAAGACUUCAGUGGGGGCUGGAGGAUGAGGGUUGCCCUUGCCAGAGCCCUCUUUAUUCGGCCCUUCAUGCUGCUCCUGGAUGAGCCUACCAACCACCUGGACCUAGAUGCUUGCGUGUGGUUGGAAGAAGAACUAAAAACUUUUAAGCGCAUCUUGGUCCUCGUCUCCCAUUCCCAGGAUUUUCUGAAUGGUGUCUGUACCAAUAUCAUUCACAUGCACAACAAGAAACUGAAGUAUUAUACGGGUAAUUAUGAUCAGUACGUGAAGACGCGGCUAGAGCUGGAGGAGAACCAGAUGAAGAGGUUUCACUGGGAGCAAGAUCAGAUUGCACACAUGAAGAACUACAUUGCGAGGUUUGGUCAUGGCAGUGCCAAGCUGGCCCGGCAGGCCCAGAGCAAGGAGAAGACGCUACAGAAAAUGAUGGCAUCAGGACUGACAGAGAGGGUCGUGAGCGAUAAGACACUGUCAUUUUAUUUCCCACCAUGUGGCAAGAUCCCUCCGCCUGUCAUUAUGGUGCAAAAUGUGAGCUUCAAGUAUACAAAAGAUGGGCCUUGCAUCUACAAUAAUCUAGAAUUUGGAAUUGACCUUGACACACGAGUGGCUCUGGUAGGGCCCAAUGGAGCAGGGAAGUCAACUCUUCUGAAGCUGCUAACUGGAGAGCUACUACCCACAGAUGGCAUGAUCCGAAAACACUCUCAUGUCAAGAUAGGGCGUUACCAUCAGCAUUUACAAGAGCAGCUGGACUUAGAUCUCUCGCCUUUGGAGUACAUGAUGAAGUGCUACCCAGAGAUCAAGGAGAAGGAAGAAAUGAGGAAGAUCAUUGGGCGAUACGGUCUCACUGGGAAACAACAGGUGAGCCCAAUCCGGAACUUGUCAGACGGGCAGAAGUGCCGAGUGUGUCUGGCCUGGCUGGCCUGGCAGAACCCCCACAUGCUCUUCCUGGAUGAACCCACCAAUCACCUGGAUAUCGAGACCAUCGACGCCCUGGCAGAUGCCAUCAAUGAGUUUGAGGGUGGUAUGAUGCUGGUCAGCCAUGACUUCAGACUCAUUCAGCAGGUUGCACAGGAAAUUUGGGUCUGUGAGAAGCAGACAAUCACCAAGUGGCCUGGAGACAUCCUGGCUUACAAGGAGCACCUCAAGUCCAAGCUGGUGGAUGAGGAGCCCCAGCUCACCAAGAGGACCCACAACGUGUGAGCCCUCUACCUGGGUUCAGGUCAGGAGCUCCAUCUGGGAACUAACAGCUGCUAACCUGACCAGCCGCUCAGGACAGGACCCUGGGGCUACACUCCUGCAUUGCUGCAAUACUGCUCCCCCAGCCCCUCCCCUGCCCCUCAACCUGCCUUAGCUGCACUCUCUUACCUACAGCUGGACAGUACCUGUCUGUUUCCUGUCCUCCUUCCAGUUACAUCUGUCCAUGUCUGGACUCGGCUGGCCGUUCCCUCCAGCCCCUUGCUGGUUAUCUUACUCUGAGUGUGAUGCAGUCAGAGGCACCUGCGGGUUAGCCCAAGGGCCCAAGCCCUGGAUUUGGCCCGCGGAGGAGCUUAGGAUCCUCGUUUUCUGGGUUUUGGUGAUGUUGGAGGAGUACCCCCAGCCCACCGCCCCGAUUCCUUUUUGCUUCUGGUUUGGAGCUCCGGACCAGGACCUUCGUCCUGGUCAGUUUUUAAAUAAUUAUUUAGCAGUGUAACUUUUAGACCUGCGUGACAUCUACAAAGCGCCCAAUAAAGAAAGAGGAAGCCACGGUCCCUACCUUCCUUCUCAGGUCUCUGGGGCCUUCUCCUCCCUGCAGUGCCAACAUGCACUGCCAACAGCAGGAGCUGGAUCCAGCGUCAGUGUGUUGAUGGGAACUGAAGACUAGUCCAUAGGAGCUGGAAGAACUUUCUCCCUUUACUUCUGAUUUGAAAUUGUACCUUUUCUCAGGCCUGUGAUUCACAGACUUUAACAUGAAUCAGAAUCACCUGGAGGGCUCAUGCGAUCAGAUUGCCAGAUCUCGCCUCAGCGUUUCUGGUUCAAUAGGUUUUGGGGGAGACCAAGAACGUUAACAUUUCUAGCAAGUUUCCAGGUGAUGCUGUUGUUGCUGGUCUAGAGACUAUUUUGAGAACCACUGUCCAGGAGCGUGGUUUUCUGAUUGUGACCUGAGGUUCUGCCCCAACUGCACAGCAGUUGGGCUGCUUGUUAAAAAUGCAGGCCAGGUGCGGUGGCUCACACCUGUAAUCCCAGCGCUUUGGGAGGCUGAGGCAGGUGGAUCACUUGAGCUCAGGAGUUCAAGACCAGCUUGGGAAACAUGGCAAAACCCGUCUUUAUGCGCCUGGAAUCCCACCUGCUCAGGUGGCUAGGGUGGAUGGAUCGCUUGAGCCCAGGAGAUGGAGGUUGCAGUGAGCUGAGAUUGCACCACUGCAUUCCAGCCUGGAUGACAGAGCAAAACCCUGUCUCAAAAAAAUGCAGACUGGCCAGGCAUAGUGGCUCACACCUGUAAUCCGACUGUAAGCUGAUCACCUUGGGAGGCCAAUGUAGGAGGAUCAAUUGAGCCCAGAAGUUCAAGACCAGCCUGGGCAAAGUAGAGAGACCCCUUCUCUACAAAUAAUAAAAUGAACCGGGCAUGGUAGCAUGUGCCUGCGGUCCCAGCUGCUCUGGAAAGAGGAGGCUCACUUGAGCCCAGGAGGUUGAGGCUGCAGUGAGCAGAGCGUGCCGCUACACUCCAGCCUGAUGACAGACCGAGACACUGUCUCAAAAAAAUAAAAAAAUUCAGAUUGCUGAGCA